AUAAUUCGAGGUAGAAGCACAUUGCUCUUGGCGGGAUCCAGGAGCAUUGGGCUUGGAGUCUCUCCUGAACCUCGUCCAGACACAAGUCUAGGAUCAGAGAAGCAACAAUUAUCGAGAAAAUGCAUUACUUCCAGUCUUUAGCCGUGUCGGAUACCGAAUCGACAGAGAUUCUAGACACGGAUUUCGAUUCUGACUCGAAUGAAGACUAUUCCGACAUCUCCCCUAAUCUCAGCGUUGGUUCGCUCGCAGGUGAUAGUGUCACAACUGCAUCAACGCCGACCGACUCGAAUCCAGAAGAACCAAAAACUCCGGAUUCAACCGGCCUUACAGGGUUCCAUUUCGCAAUCGAUGAGACACCGGUGAAGGGUCCUGUGGGACCCCAUCUGUUUCGGAUUGGGUCUGAUGGGUCGGAACUCGGACAGUCCUUUGAAGUUGAGUUGACUAUGGAGGAUCUUAGCUCUGCACCAGCCACAAUAUCAUUUUGCAGCUCAGCCUCCACACUUGAGCCCGACAGAGAAGAUACGCCAGUACCCAAGAAUCCGACCCAGAAUGCCCUUACUUUAUCCCAAGCUCAGCCAAAUCGUUCAAGGCCGAACGAACGGGAAGUUUCGCAUUGGUCUCCUCAAGAUGUUGUCCUAUGGCUGCAAAGUCAGGGCUUUGAGGAUUCAAUUGUGGAGAAAUUCUUCAUCAAUGAUAUCACAGGCGCUAUUUUACUGGAGCUUCAAUCCGAGGACUUGAAGGAGCUUGACAUCCAAUCAUUUGGGAAGCGGCAUCGGGUUAUGGGCUGCAUCCGUCAGCUCCGUACCAAAACAACAUCGGUGCUUUGUGAUGCCCCUCAAGAUAAUUCGGAUCCGGUCUGCAGAGAAGAUACAACGACCCCCAACUCAAUGGCAGCUCAGGUUGGAGUGGAUUGCUCAAGUCCCUCACCCGAAGACGAGAAGCCUAGGUCCAAAUCUGCUCAACAACGCAGACGUCAACGCAAGCGGCGGGAUGGCGUGGAUAUCGUUCCCGAAGAUUCUGUCUCGAUCGUGGCUAUUGAGCAGCUUUUGCCCAAGCUCCACAUGUGCUCAAAGGGCGAGAACUGUCGGAAAUGGCAAAAGCAGCAGGUAAAACUCACCAAGAUGCUGCAUGACUUACCCAUUGAGGGUCUAGGUGGUUCGGUCGUCAUUGCAGGGGACCCCGGAAAUGCUGCUACGGCGCAGAACAUGGCCAAAACUCCAAAGUCAGAAGUCACACCUUCUAUUGUUGCGUCGUCCGAUGCUCUGGGUCAGGUUCAGAACUCCAAAUUUCAAUUGUCACAGGACAAACUCAAUGGUGUGCGGCCUCGCGAUCCACAAGAGAAUGUGCGCAACUUUCUCAACUUCCAACGAUUGAGUGAGCUUCAGCCGGUAACCGAUCCUUCAACUCCCCCCGUUGAGCAAUUGUCGCCAGCCGCAAGCUCACCGCAGUCCGCCAAGGCCAGUGGCAAUCUUUCCGAGAAUCUUCGUCAUCUUCCUAGACUCCGUAUUCCCAGCACUCAUGCGUCGACCUCCACUUUCUCGCCAAACUACUCCGCACAGCGCACCAUCACCCCCUCAAUACUGCGAAAGCACCAGGGCUUUUCUCAGCAAAGCUCCGUCCGAUCAUCGGGUAUUCUCGAGGCAACUUUGUCGCCGUCUGAUUACUACAGAAUCGAUUCUCACUACGGUCAAAGCACGCCAUUCUCCGAGGUAGAUGUUCCGCUUACUGCAAUUCCAGCAGGGCCGAUUUCUCGUGGUGGAUCGCAAUCGGUGCCCCCCAACAUGCGGUUCGGUGGACAGAUGCACCAUGUUCCCGAUUUGAUUCCCCGGCCUGCCUCGACGAAAGCAGAGAACGUCUGGAGGAAUGGCAUGGUAUGGAAUAGUCGAAACCAGCCGAAGCUCGGUCGACUUGAAGAACGGUCACCAUUACCACCGAUUGAUACUCCGGAAGAUAUGGAGAAGACUCCACGUGCUGCUCAUUGCAGAACCCCCUUCACACCGCAUGGGCCGAACAAGGUUGCUCACAGUGGGUGGAUGAAAAAGCGCAAAAAUGCACGGUUUCUUCGUCACGACUGGGAAGACCACCACUUUACUCUGCGUGGCACCCAGUUGGCAAUGUAUCCCGACGAGCAAUCCUCUAGUCGAGAAUCGAAGGCCCUCGAGUACAUCGACGUUGAUGAUUAUGCUGUGGCAUGCUCCUCGUUUGCUUCCAGCUCGAAAUUGACCGCUGCAUUCAAAAAGACUGUUCUGAAACGCAAAGAUGAAAUUCAAGGGGAGACAGCGUUUACGUUCGCUCUGAUUCCCUCCCCAACGAAUGGCACCUUUGACAAGAGAAGCUUUUUCGUCAAUGGUCCCAAAGCGCAUUACUUCGCUGUCAAGUCACGCGAUGAACGCAUUGACUGGAUGAGAGAAUUGAUGCUCGCGAAGGCACUUCGAAAGGGCCGCGAAAGUGGUACGUCUAUCAACCACAACGGAAACUUUAUUUAAUUCUACACGCCUACACCAAAAUUUCCUAUAUCGGCAUCACUCCUAUCAUCUGAGUAUGGCUAUUUCGAUACCCUUAUGAGUUCGUUGUCUACAAUUCCAUCGACUCCCAGCCGCAU